GUUAAGGCGGUUAUAUACGAUUUGUUGCAGUCAAGUUACGCGGAAUGUGUGCCUGCAGGUGUAUUUGGGAGACACCUACACGACGAUCCCUUCCCCAGCAGCAUCCAUCUCGCUGUGAUCCGAAAGCAGAUUCAACAGCAGAAUGGCUUCAGAAGCUGAGCGCGGUGGUGGGUUCCUAGUGGCUGGUGAAGAUGUCCCAGUGUGUCAGAGCUGUGUGUCGUCUGGAGCUACUCUGUCCUCCAUCACUUCUGCUCUGGAAGAUGCCGACAGCGUGUAUUCCCAGUCAGUUUCUGAUGUGCCUGAGAGCACACCGUGUGCCGCAGACACCUUGCGUGUGAGUGUCAGUGACUUGCCAGAUGAGAUACUGAUAAAGAUCUUCUCUCACAUGUCUUUCAGUGAGCUAAUAGAUGUGGUACAGAAGGUGUGCUCUCGUUGGAGAAGGCUGUCUCAAGAUUUCGAGUUGUGGCAUGACAAGGAAUACCAUGUCAGGUACUGGACUUGUUUCGACAUGGACACCAGUAAAGGUGGCACAACUGACGAGGAGGUGAUAAAGACUUUCUGCGAUGCCCCGAACCUGCGCACUGUGUGCAUGUGGAGAAGUGCCAGGUCCCGUGUCUUCCGUGCGCUGUACAGCAAAUGCCAGAGACUCUCCGAGCUGCAACUGCAUGUCAGUCAGAAGCUCAGCUACUCGGUGCUGAAGAACUUGGUAGAGAAGUGUGCCAGAAUACGCACACUAAGGAUAUCCGAUGAACUGCUGAAGUCUGAGAAAUUUUCAGAGGCUGUGUCUCAUCUACAGCACCUCCAGGUGUUGAGUUUGGAUGUACACUUCACAGAAAGCACUCCUGCUUUGCGACCUUUGGGUGAUGGAUGCCCACAACUGGCAGAGAUUGACUUUGGGUACACGACUGUCGAUAUGGACGAUCUGAGGUACUUUCUGAAUGUCAAGAGGAACACCCUUAAGUCCAUACACAUAAAGUGGGCAAUGGAUGGAAAAAGGUGUGUCCUCCCUUUGCUGGCGGUCUGUGCCGACAGCUUGGAACGUCUGCAGUUUUACGAAUUCGAACUAGUUGACGAUGAAGCGAGGGAGGCAUUUACUGCCCUAGGCAACCUGAGGAAUCUGCAGGAGCUUAAGAUGAUGAUCCUCGAUCCUCUGCCGCCUGGCACAGGUGCUCUGGUGUUUAAGUAA